AGCGGCGAGUGUCAUCAUCGUAUUUUAAUACGUGUCCGUGGUGUCUGUGUCCGCUGGUGGGCUGCUGCUGGUCUAUGGUGCCUGUCCGUCCGGUGUUUCUGCUACGUAGCUCCCGUUUCGUGAAUCUAUGGAGUGUUUUCGUUGUCGGAUAUCUUUGAAUUUCUGUCUGUAUUAGCAUAAGGCGCCUAGCGCGCCUUCCCGUCACGAUGAACAUGUGUCGGGCUCGAUUGUUAUUCCCCUUUCUGGCGCUCAGCCUACUCCCCUUUGCCCGUCCCGACGAGCACACUCACGUCUACGAAGAUAACGACGAAGUUGUACUGUGGAUGAGCACAGUUGGACCAUAUCACAAUCGCCAAGAGACCUAUUCCUAUUUUUCAUUACCUUUCUGUUCGGGUACAAAGGACGUCAUUAAUCAUUAUCAUGAAACGUUCUCAGAAGCACUGCAAGGCAUCGAACUCAAAUUUAGUGGCCUGGAGAUCGAAUUCAAGGCCGAUGUUAUCAAGACGGAAUACUGUCAAAUAAAACUGGCCGAAGAAAGCGAGAAAGCCUUUGUAUAUGCAGUAAAGAAUCAGUAUUGGUACAAAAUGUACAUGGACGAUUUACCAAUAUGGGGUGUCGUGGGAGAGCCCGAAGAAAACAAUGGUGUCGUGUCUUACUAUAUUUGGACGCAUAAGAAGUUCGACAUAGGGUACAAUGGGAAGCAAAUAGUCGACGUGAACUUGACCAGUGAGAACAAAGUGAAGUUGGUGCAAGGCGCAGCCAUCUCGUUCAGUUACGAAGUCAACUGGAAGAAGAGCAAUGUUAAAUACGAAGACAGAUUCGACAAAUAUUUGGAUCCGAAUUUCUUCCAGCACAGAAUCCAUUGGUUUAGCAUUUUCAACAGUUUCAUGAUGGUGAUCUUUCUCGUUGGCCUCGUCUCCAUGAUUUUGAUGCGCACACUGAAGAAGGAUUACGCUAGGUACAGUAGGGACGAAGAAAUGGACGAUAUGGAACGAGAUUUGGGCGACGAGUACGGAUGGAAACAGGUCCACGGCGACGUGUUCAGACCCGCCAGCCAUGCGAUGCUCUUUUCCGCCCUUAUAGGCGCCGGCUAUCAAGUGACGGUGGUCGUGCUGAGCGUUAUCAUUUUCGCUAUCCUCGGCGAGUUGUAUACGGAGAGAGGGUCGAUGCUGUCGACAGCGAUUUUCGUAUACGCCGCCACGUCGCCUAUAAACGGUUAUGCCGGAGGAGGUUUGUACGCGCGUAUGGGAGGUCGUAUUUGGAUCAAGCAGAUGAUCCUCAGUGCCUUCAUGUUACCUUUUAUCGUCUGUGGAACGGCAUUCUUCAUUAAUUUUAUCGCGAUGUACUACCACGCCAGCCGCGCCAUCCCGUUCGGUUCGAUGGUAGCUGUCACGUGCAUUUGCAUAUUCGUUAUAUUGCCAUUGACGUUGGUUGGAACCAUCCUAGGCCGCAAUCUAGCCGGAACACCGGACGCACCGUGCAGAGUCAACGCGGUACCUCGACCUAUUCCCGAAAAGAAAUGGUUCAUGGAACCGUUGGUGAUCAUAAUGCUCGGAGGCAUCCUGCCAUUUGGAUCGAUAUUCAUUGAAAUGUACUUCAUUUUCACAUCGUUCUGGGCGUACAAAAUCUACUACGUGUACGGGUUUAUGUUACUAGUAUUCGUUAUUCUAAUGAUAGUGACCGUCUGCGUCACUAUUGUCUGUACAUAUUUCCUGCUGAACGCUGAGGAUUAUCGAUGGCAGUGGACAAGUUUCUUAGCAGCAGCUUCCACCGCUGGUUACGUCUACGUAUACUCCUUCUAUUAUUUCUUCUUUAAAACCAAAAUGUACGGUCUCUUCCAAACGGCGUUUUACUUCGGUUACAUGGCGCUGUUCAGCCUCGCAUUGGGCAUAAUGUGCGGCACGGUCGGCUACGUCGGCACUAACGCAUUUGUAAGGAAGAUCUAUUCCACGGUUAAAAUAGACUAAGGCACAAGUCUGGUGUAACGUCUACGAUCGAACGUGGAUCAGACGAAAGGCUCGCAGAGCGAAUUCUGCUGGUCUCCGUAGAGUAGGACUCUACUUUCUUUUGACCGUUUAAAUUAUUCCCAUUACUCGACGAGUGACGAUCGCAUUAAACGCGAUCGUGGAAAUGGUAUAUCGGUAACUACCACCUGGAAUCGCGUUACAUUCGAUUCCUUGUCUAACGCUCGAACGUCUAUCUAACGUCGCAACAAUAUCUUCAUCUCGAUCCUUAAUCUAUUCGUUCGAUCGGAAGUGGACGACGGACAACGCGAACACCGGCCGGCGGUUCAAACGGUCGCACGUAUCGUCCGCUCCACGACGAAUCGCACAGUGGAUAGCAUUGUAUGACACUCCGCCAGUAAAUUAAAACGGACUACCGUACCGUUGAGACAGCGUACGACCACCGUACCUCCGUUACCAAAAUUACCUUCCUUAGCCCUCGAAAAUGUUUUACUGGAAACAUUUCCAUCGAAUCGUAAAUCGUUGAAACCAAGUAUCGGUGUAUCGCGAAACCGAGGAAACCGAAAGAGAAAAUAUUAUGUAUACACGUACAAAUUGUACAGUAAAGAUUUUCGAUGCAGUUUAUUCGUAAAAUAGGUAUUUCAGUUGACGAUAAUGUUAAGUACACAGUGCUUAAAAUCGCGCGUGAGUAUGAAAUCGAAACUUUAGUCGUAUAAGCGCUUGGUUAACGGCGAGGCGAAUUGAGUAAGAUAAAUCUUAAGAGAUAAAAGCUAGGAAGCUAGAUCGGAGUAAGAAUGUGAAUAAUAAGACAUCUUUUUCAUCGUUGACUACGCAUCACGAGCAACGAGACAGUUAUUUGACGUGGAUACUCGUUUCUGUAAGCUGUAAGUGCAUUGGUAACAAAUGUAAAAUAUCGUUAGCCUGUAACCGGUGGUAAAGUAAAUCCUCUUUUUAAUUCCGUGGUCCCCUGCGCGCCUGGCUAAUGUACCCAUUUAUACGUCUGAUCGGUGCUAACGUUGUAAGGAACACGUGAGGGGACGUCGUACUGAUCGUCGUGAACGAGUUUAUCCUAACGCGAUGCAUCGUCGAACAAAAAUAUCAAUGAAAACACGAAUAUGGACACACGGUUUGUUGUUAGACAUAGCAGUUCUAAGAAAUAUAAAAUUUCUACAUACAAUAAAAAUACAAUUGUACAUAUA